GCAGUAGUGCAGCCUCAAUCGAGUCUCGAGCCCGAAAGGGAGGCCGCAGGGUUUGCGCAAGAGCUCCAAUGCACCCCUCCCCUGACAGCAACGUAUUUGUACUACAUCUUGGGCGCUCAUUCUGCCUCUCUCAUUAUCAAGCCUAGGACAUCUUUCGUAUCCUCAUGCCUCACAUUGCACGAUGCUUUCACUCAGCCAACUUCUUUGCGCUCUUCUUGCUUUAACCCUAUGCGCCCUCGCUGCACCUGAGCAUGAGGCGCCCUGGCCGGCUACCAGGUGUUACACGACGAUCGAGUCGACGACCGGCGGGCUUCAUUAUACCAGAUGGGGAACAGCGUGGUCUUCUACAACAGUCCGCACAAAAACUGUUACGAAGACCUCGACGCCCCCAGGGUCGGUGACGACGAUCACAUCUACUGUCACGAGCACCCACACUGCUCCUACAUCGACGAAAACAGCCACUACAACCACCACCAGCACAUCUACCACGACCAGCAUCGUAACAACCGAAACCAGCACAACGACUACAGUCACCACUACCGUCCCCUCCCCAUUCACACCCGUCCAAGAAAGUAUUCCUGGAGCUAGCUACGAUGCAAGCGCCCCUCUUCGAAAGCGGGAUGUCGAGUUCAAUCACAAGGGCUCUUCGCCGAAGAAACAUUCGCCUCGUAACAAAGGCUUCCCAGGUCCCGUACAGUGCUGGCACUACCAUUGUUCUAGCACCACUGUUACCGUAACUUCUACGACUAUUCUCCCUACGCCCACCAGUACGACGACGACAACGACGACAUCGGUUGUCACAACCACACCGGGUGCUGUGACAACAGUCACAUCCUCCGUAAUCAUUACAAACACCCACACCUCCACAUCCACGACCACAUCCACGGUCACAAACACCGUGACGUCGAGCACCAACGUCUCCCCCGCGCAGGCCUGCGCGACGAACAACUUCGCCAACUAUUACAACACAAAUUACGCAUUCUUCGGGUUCAACCCCGGCCCGAACAAUGAUUUCUUCGUGAGUGCGACUGCCACCUCGGUCGCUGAGUGCUGCAUGGCCGCGGUGAUGAAUCCCGUGGGGCAAUACUGGGAUUACGCCUCUGGUGACUCCUGUGCCAUCGAAACCGGCAACAAUUGUGAUGCAGGCCAGAUGACCGACACUGGCACUGGCGAUCUGGGCGAAGAAGGGGAACCGCCUUCAGUAGUGCUUGGGAAUGCGCUGUGCGGUCUGAUCAAUUCCGUGAGUGUAUCUGAUUAAGUAGCUUAUCCGCUACACACUCGGCCGCCAUAUCUUUCCAUGUCAGCUCUCCAGCACCCCAACCCAACCCCGCGCUUCAUACUCCAUGAUUGCCAGGGUAAAGCUCUCCAGCGUCUACGGCCCAUUCCUCUUCCUAGAACCCCGAUGUCACGAAUCGGGGCUGAUAUACGAGUCAGCAUGCCGGGGGUUGGAAAGUCGAGCCACGUCCGCCGCUGACACAAUUUUAUUUGCAAUGCCAGUCG